AUCGGUUUCGUUGCUCUUUUUCAACAAAGUGUUAAUGACUUAUUGCGUGUGUCAGUGGUGGUGUGUAGGGGCGGUCUGUCGCUCUGCCCUGCCAGUUGUUGGCCAGGUCUGACGGAGGGCGGGUUCGUCUCCGAGAAGGUUAAGUAGCUGCCCGCAGCGAAGAAGCGAGAGCAUUCAGCUGCAGUCUAUCCGCGACUCUCACCUCACCCCUGUGACUGACUCGCAGGGAAACUCGGACUUUUAUACCGAGGCUAAAUUUAGGGGGCUGGCCACCCGGUCCACCCAGGAGUAAUAUUUAUAAGAAAAGCAGAUCGUUCAGCUUCACAGGAGAGAGGAGCAGCAGCUCAGCGGACCGCAGAAAACGCAUCGCUCUGAAGCUGUCGACUCUUUAAAACACCAAGUGACUUCGUUAAGUAUUUCUCAAGGAAUUCAUUUCUACCUUCUGGAAAUGGCCUUGAGUGGGACCAUUCUACCAUCAAUCUCGACGUUUGCCAACCAAAAGGAGAAAUGUUGGGAAGAUAGAUGGAAGGGCGACAUGAGCAGCGCGGUGCUCAGCGCGGACAGCAGCUGUCUGUGCAGAAAAGACGAAGAGGACCUGGACAAGUUCUUGGAUCUUGAGUUUAUUCUCGCUAACACUGCCGUCUCUGAAAGCAUCUCCGGGACUGGACCAGAGUCAUAUCGGCUCCAGGACUCCGGGACGUCCGCGUACCAGCAGCACAACGGGAUUCCCCAGCAGCCUGUCACCUACACCUCUGCCCCGGACGUGAGCAGGCCACCUCCACCCUACAACAGCAUGAUGGCGGAGCUCCUCCGUUCGGACGUGGACACCAGCUUCCUCCCGGGGAACAGCCCCAGCAUCCAGGGCAGAUUUCUUAUCAGCUCCACGCCUUUCCAUGCCGCUCGGGAUUUAUUCGCCGAGCUUCCGAGCAUAAAAGCGGAGCCAGCCUGCAUGGACACGUACGGCCCGGUCACAGGUCUGGUGCCUCAGACUCUCACCAAAAUUAAGCACGAGGGGAACGUCUCGUGCAUGGUGCCAUACGAGCAGCAACCUCGGAUGGCGAACUCCCCGCAGGCUGCGCUGGGCAGCAUGACGCCGCCGCUCAGCCCGGACGACCUGAGGAGUAACUCCACCUCUCUCACGCUCCCGCAGAGCUUCCACCCGCACCACCGAUGCGCUCCGGGGGGAUUUCCUCACCCGCACAGCGGCAUGCAGCUGCCCUUCCCGGGGGCGCACCACCACCAGUUCACCGGCAUGUUCGGGGAAGACGCGGCCAUGAGCAUGCCACAGCAGCCGGCUGCCGGCCACCGGGUGCUGCUCACCCCGCCCUCCUCCCCCCUGGACAUGGACACCAAACCGAAAAGGGGUCGCCGGUCUUGGCCGAGGAAACGAACAGCUACACACACAUGCACUUUCAGCGGCUGUGGAAAGACAUACACCAAGAGCUCCCACCUAAAAGCGCAUCUCCGGACACACACAGGAGAGAAACCCUACCACUGCAGCUGGGAGGGUUGCGGUUGGAAGUUCGCUCGUUCUGAUGAGCUUACACGUCACUUCCGGAAGCACACUGGACACCGGCCGUUCCAGUGUCACCUGUGUGAGCGGGCCUUCUCCAGGUCAGACCACCUGGCGCUGCACAUGAAGAGACAUAUGUGAGGAUGGUCCAGUGGGACACAGACUGAGCGGAUACAGAGACACCUGUCAUGAUAAAGAAGCAAGAUGCAUAAAUAGAGUCCAGGAAUAUAAACCAAAGUGGUACCAUGACAGCAUAAACUGCCAUACAGUGUGAUCAGCCCACUGUUGACUGCACUGUGACACCUAUAGAUAUGUUAUAGGAAUAUUAGGAGCCACACCAGAUGCCUUCAAAUGACAUUUUGUAAACUAAAUCUAUUUAAAAAAGUAUUUCUAACAGAAGUGACAAGCAAGGAGGAGAGAGAGCCAGCCACAAAGACACACGCCACAGUGUUCUUUGAUCCUAUGUAGCUGGUACUACUUUUGUAUUUAGUGCUGUUUAUAUAGACAACAAAUUAAAGGAACAUUCCACUAAACAUGUCAGGCACAUGCUGCUGAAGCAACUGGAAGCAGACAAUCCUCUGAAGAGCAAUGAUUACUUGUUGUAUUGUCACCACGAGUGCCUUCUAUAAAGCUCUGUUUACACUUCUACGAGUGCCAUAGUCUCCACUGGCUCAGAGACAAUCACAGUGUUAUUCUGUGUCUUAUUAGAAACAAGCUUUGAGACAAUGUUUUGUUCUAAAACUGCCUUUCUUUGUGACCUCGUUGAACGCUUGAAUAGAUUGAGUGUGUGUGUUUUCUACUAUUUGAAGUCAGGUUCCCAGAAGUGCACGUCACCUCAACACCCGCUGACUGACAAAGGUCUUUGGCAAAACGCCAUGUUUGUUUGUGCCUUGAGCACUUGCACUGCCUUGUAAAUAAAAUCUUUUUAUAUAAUGUAAAAUAGAUUAUUCUAAUGUACAUAUUAAACUUAAUGAACAACA